AAAUCUUAACCGGAGGAGCACCAGGGCAUGCCGUCACAACUUCAACUUGGUGAUUUACCCCUCACAGCACAGCGGGAAAGCUGCCGUCUCUCCAUCUAAUGCUCUGUACAUUCGCAACAUUCCCAUCACCGUCCCACGGGCGCAGGUGGAGGAGUUUUUGUCGGCGUUCGGCACCCUCACUUACUGUGCGAUGCGUGAGGAUCACUACGGCAAUCCUGUGUGGGUUGUAUACGCCGAGUACGACUGCCUAGAGUGUUCCAAGAACGCCCUCCUGAGGCUGCAUGGUAGUUCGGAACACUUUACUGGUCCCCCAGUGAUGGUCAAAUAUGCUGACAACGAUGAAGCCAAACAAGAGCGCCGUCGCCGUCGCGAAGAGGGCAAAGUUUCCCGUGCACCACCUCCACGUAGUGUCUGUGUCUUCCCACCAACACGUCACGUUGCAACGCCGGAGUUGCACCAGAGCAACUAUGUGGAUGCUCCCGCAACGGUCUCCAACACCAGCAGCCUAAGUGCUGCUGCGUGCCCUUGUGAUUUUACGCGUUCUCGGGAUUCGGCGGCGUGUUCUGUAGGUCCUGCCCAGUGUAGCGACACCUCGUCAACUGCAUCGUCGGUCAGAAAAGUGGCAGAUAAUGUGUUCACAUCCCCGGCGCCUCCACUGAUGGAUACCGCGCUGCCGCCGCCCGUAUUUGCUGCAACUCACCAAUCCCGACAGCCUCCAAAAUACCCAGGGGAACCUCCUUGCGAGGUGGUUCCAGCAAGGCCGUCAAUGAUGCGUCGAUCAAGUUGCAACAAUGAUGGCCAACCUGUUCUCAUUAUGUUGGAAAAUGGACAGCAGUUGCUGCUUGCCUCUAACGCGGUUAAUGUGCGUCCAUCGGACUUUGCGCCUCCUUCAACCCCUGCUUUCUUGUGGCCGUCGCUUGACAUGAUGUACACUUCACCGCCACCGAUGCCGCAGCCUUUUACAGUUGUCCAGUUUCCCUGA